AUGAAAUGCUCUCUGAUCCUUCCGAUUGCGCUAUUAAUCACAGGUGUACUUUCCCAAAGGCGUCGUCCACCCGUUGUGAUACGCCGUAUCGUCCAUAACCACUUCAAUGUACGACCUUUUGCUCCACGUUUCCGACCAAGACCUCUUCCUGGACGUGGCGUCGUUGGAGCGCUGGUUGGUUUGGCAGCAGUAUCGUCAGUCCUUUCGUCAAGAUACGCUCCAUACUAUCCGCCGCCAUUGCCACCCUACUACGGCUACUACAGGCAGCAAAUGAACUCCCAUGCACUUCGUCAUGGCGAGGGUGCCUUCUGCCAUCGCCUUGGAAACUGA